CAGAGUCUUGUAAAAUUUAUCGUUACGGAAAACAAAUAACUGUCAAUGAAAGCGUACUCAAACGACAGCAACAGCGUUUCAUACACGGUCAUACGAGUCAUAUGUUUCCAGGCGGCCGUUACCGGAAUCUGAUCUUAUAGAAAGUUUCUUCGGACAAGUUUAUGAAAUAAAGAAGAACUUGAAAGGAACCUACACAGUUCAUAAUUGUCAUAAGGAAACCGCAUUUUUAAAUUUUAAAUUUAACAUGGAAAAUAACAGUGAAGUGGAAUCAUUUUCGCAGAAUGAUUCUGUAUCAAGUAUUGCUUCAAAUGCCAGGUAUAGGGAAGAUGCUAUUCUGCUAGAGCAGCAAUCAUUAUUUCAACUUUUGCAAAAGGCAAUAUCAGAAACGAAUGAAGAACAUAUCGCAUUUGGAAAAGAAAUUUCACCCUUAUUGAAUAAAUUAAGCUUGGAAUCACAAUUUUUACCUAAUGAUAUUAAAGAAGGAUUGCAAAAAGUAGCUUUAAUCAUGAGAUCUGAAAAGCUGGCUGAUUUUAAUGAUGCUACACUGAAUAUAGUAAAGGAAAGGGAGAAAAUAGAAGAAAAGAAAAGACAACACGAAGAAAAGCAGUUAUCAUUAUUAUACGAUGAUAUUUUCAGAAAACAUACUAUAUUUUCAAAAAAACUGAAUAAUUUACAAGAAGCUGUAAGUUCUCUUGAGAGUUUUAUCGAAGAUGCUCAAAAAGAACACGAUGAUAAUUACUGUAAUCGUGUUUCAUUAUCUACAAAGUUGCAAGAAUACCAACAAACUACAGAGAAAUUGGAAACUGAUUUAUUGGAUAUGCAAAUUGAAGAUGUUUACCCACAAAAGAUAUUAAAUAAAUAUAAUAGGUAUUUGGAAAUGUCAGGAGAAUUAGCAGAACUUAAUCAGUGUCUUAAUCAGUAUGGUGAUUUGCCACCAAAUUUACUUCAAGCUAAAGCUUUGCUUGAAGUUAAACAGAAGGAAUACGAAACCUUGGAGAAUACAUUUCUGGAAAAAACAAGUUAUUCUUAAGUUAUAGUUAAAAUUAUAAUAAUAAUUACAGUUAUGUGUUAUUUUUUCAUUUUUAUACAAAAAUAAAGAUAGAAUAUUAUGUA